UGUGGCUGUUAACUCCUCCUGGACCAGGGCCCUCUGCCAGGAGGCCAGGUUGGCUCUGCCCUGGGACUGCUCACUCACCUCAAGGCCUCUGAGGAACUCGUCCCCCGACAGGCACUGGGAAUCCGAGGAGGGGACACCGGGAUGAAGGGGACUCCUGUGACCAGCCUUCAUGAGGCCCUGGACCAGUGCAUGAUCGCCCUAGACCUCUUCCUCACCAACCAGUUCUCAGAAGCCCUCAGCUACCUCAAGCCCAGAACCAAGGAGAGCAUGUACCACUCACUGACGUACGCCACCAUCCUCGAGAUGCAGGCCAUGAUGACCUUUGACCCCCAGGACAUCCUGCUUGCAGGCAACAUGAUGAAGGAAGCUCAGUCACUGUGUCAGAGGUACCGGAGGAAGUCUUCGGUGACAGACUCCUUCAGCAACCUGGUGCACCGCCCCACUCUGGACCAGUUCACGGAAGAGGAAAUCCACGCUGAGGUCUGCUAUGCAGAGUGCCUGCUACAGAGAGCAGCACUGACCUUCCUGCAGGAUGAGAACAUGGUGAGCUUUAUCAAGGGCGGUAUCAAGGUCCGGAACAGCUACCAGACGUACAAGGAGCUGGACAGCCUGGUGCAGUCGUCGCAGUACUGCAAGGGGGGAAGCCACCGGCACUUUGAAGGAGGGGUGAAGCUUGGCGUGGGAGCCUUCAACCUGACCCUGUCCAUGCUGCCUACGAGGAUCCUGCGGCUGCUAGAGUUUGUGGGGUUUUCUGGAAACAAGGACUAUGGGCUGCUGCAGCUGGAGGAGGGUGCGACGGGCCACAGUUUCCGCGCAGUGCUCUGUGUCAUGCUGCUGCUCUGCUACCACACCUUCCUCACCUUCGUGCUCGGUACUGGGAAUGUCAACAUCGAUGAGGCAGAGAAGCUGUUGAAGCCCUACCUGAAUCGAUACCCCAAGGGUGCCAUCUUCCUGUUCUUUGCCGGGCGGAUCGAGGCCAUUAAGGGCAACAUUGACGUGGCCAUUCGGCGGUUCGAGGAGUGCUGUGAGGCUCAGCAGCACUGGAAGCAGUUCCACCACAUGUGCUACUGGGAGCUGAUGUGGUGCUUCACCUACAAGGGCCAGUGGAAGAUGGCCUACUUCUACGCUGACCUGCUCAGCAAGGAGAACUCCUGGUCCAAGGCCACCUACAUCUACAUGAAGGCUGCCUACCUCACCAUGUUUGGGAAGGAGGACCACAAGCCUUUCGGGGAUGACGAAGUGGAGUUGUUCAGAGCUGUGCCAGGCCUGAAGCUCAAGAUCGCUGGAAAAUCACUACCCACGGAGAAGUUUGCCAUCCGGAAGUCGAGGCGCUACCUCUCCCCCAACCCGGUCUCAUUGCCAGUCCCUGCUCUGGAAAUGAUGUACAUCUGGAAUGGCUAUGCUGUGAUUGGGAAGCAGCCGGAACUCACGGAUGGGAUGCUUGAGGUUAUCUCCAAGGCUGAAGAGAUGCUGGCAAAGGGCCCAGAGAAUGAGUACUCUGCGGAUGACGAGUGCUUGGUGAAGCUGUUGAAAGGCCUGUGUCUGAAAUACCUGGGCCGGGUCCAGGAGGCUGAGGAAAAUUUCAGGAGCAUCUCUGCCAAUGAAAAGAAGAUUAAAUAUGACCACUACUUGAUCCCAAAUGCCCUUCUGGAGCUGGCCCUCCUAUUUAUGGAACAAGGCAGAAAUGAAGAGGCCGUCAGACUCCUAGAAUCUGCCAAGCAAAACUACAAGAAUUACUCCAUGGAGUCGAGGACACAUUUUCGAAUCCAGGCAGCCACACUCCAAGCCAAGUCUUCCUUAGAGAAUGGCAACAGAUCCAUGGUCUCAUCAGUGUCCUUGUAGCUUUGAGCAGCACUCCUGGGCUGGAAGACGAACAGAGACAGCUGGGCAGAGCUCCAGGAAACAUUUCAAAAGAUGCCCUCCCCCACUCCCUGCCCUGUCCUUGGGGUACACCAGUGCUCCCGUGGGAUGACUCAAGGAUACCCAAGCAGAGGCAAAGCUGGCAUUUCUCCAGUGUGGCCACAGCCCUUUACCAAGGGCAGAGCAGCUGGAGCCCCCCGUCUGCCUACCACACAUACGGGUACUUACGGGUACUUGUUUUUCACUGUGACGCCUAAGAGAAUGUAUGUAUGAAGAGUUUACAUUUUCUCUACAAAUACAUUGAUUGGCUUAAAAAAAAAAAACCCAACAACCAAUCACCUGUAAAUCAUUGUUUUCACCCACACUGAUCUAGUGGUAAAUCUUUCAUAUGAUGCCAAAAGCCAAACUGCUUUUCAAACCUUAGCAAGUUCUCCGCUUCUAAGGCUAGCGGGCCCUUUGUCUCUGAGGACCUGGACGAGGCCCAGCAUCUGUGCCAUAGGCUUCAAAGUGGGGUUAGGCAGAGAUGUCAAAGGUGGCCUCCACCCUUCUCCCUCUAGUUCACUUCACUCCCUUUGUAACUUUCCAAUUUAAAAACCAAGCAGGUGUUUUCGGUCAGAUGAAACUCAAGCCCAUCAACAGAAAAAUCAAUCUCUUCUAACAGGGAAUGGGAUGCCGAGGCCUGACAACAAAGCUGUGUGGCCUUUUGCGAGCCAAAGCUGGGAAUGUUGAGGGUAGGGGAUGGUCUCAGGAAUUGCAUCCUUGCUGUAUGCCAAACUGAAACCGCCUGCAAUAAUCUGAGACAUAAAAACAUUCUUUCUACACUCCAAGGCACAUUUAUUUCCUGACAGUCUUUUUUUAGAAACAGAA